ACAAAUAAACAGAAUAAUGAGAAAUCACACAUUCCGUAAAAAUACUUACCAAAAAUGAAUGUAUAAACAAAUUCGAAUUGUGAAUCUUGCAGCAUAACAGAAGAUACAAAUCAUAUAAUCUUUCAGUGUAACAAAUACAUUAAUACCAGAAACAAAUAUCCAGUAAUCAGAAAUGGCACAUCAAUAGAAGAAUUCCAUCCAAAUAAGAAUGGGAAAGCAUAUGGAGCAAUCCCUAGGUGUUUUAAGUGAUAUAAAAAUGGACUUAUAACUGCGAUUAGUUUUUGUAACCAAUAAUUGGAGAUGGCGUUUUAAAGGAUUAUUGCUGGCCAAAUAAGACGCCCAAGCUUUUGUACAAGUAAAGGGAGCAAAGUUAAAUUUCAAAAAAAAAAGCAGUAUAAAUGGAUGAGAGAAAUAAAAAUAUUGCUUUGUGCGCUAUUUCAAUGUCCGCCGCAAUUUUGAAAAAAAAAAUAAAGUUAAAGAAAAAAGCACGACGAAGAAAGUUCUGGAGCGACAAAUGGCUAUUGCUCAGAGACUCUGGUCGGGGACUAGCUUCAAUGGCUAUGACAGAGCUGUACACGGGAAAUCCCAACGCUUUUCACGAUUUCGCCAGGAUGUCAACAAGUACAUUUUCUGAACUACUAGAAAAAAUCAGUAUAAUUAUUGCAAAACAAGACACAACGAUGCGCGAGGCAAUCUCUCCUAGCGCGAGGUUGCUUAUAACUCUUCGUUAUUUAGCCACAGGCGAAACGUUUACUCAAUUAUCGCACGGAUUCCGAGCCUCUGUUUCAGCAAUUUCACAAAUUGUUCACCCAACUUUAAAAGCUAUUUAUUCAGUCUUAAAGGAUGAAUUUUUAAAUAUGCCUCAAACUAGCAAUGAAUGGCACAUUGUAGCAAAUGAGUUUGAAAGGAAGUGGAAUUUUCCACACUGCUUGGGUGCUAUAGAUGGGAAACAUAUAGCCCUUCGUUAUCGAAAAGAUUAUGGGCCUUAUUUUGAUAAUUAUAUGGGAUUUCACAGUGUUAUACUGUUAGCCAUAGUCGAUGCAAAUUAUAAAUUUUUAUACGUUAAUGUUUGCACAAAUGGGAGAGCCAAUGAUGCUGCAGCUGUCAAUGAAUCCUAUUUUUUGGAAGAAAUAAGAAACAAUGGGUUUAAUAUUCCACCGGAUUCAGAACUACCUGGCACUAGCGAAAAGGUCCCAUUUGUAUUUGUAGCGGAUGACGCUUUCAAGUUAACUUCUCGCAUACUAAAACUACAUGACCAACCAACAAGUGAUUUCCACAAAAUUUUUAAUUACCGUUUGAGUAGGGCCAAACGAGUAGUUGAAAAUGGCUUUGGAAUAUUGGCAAGCAGAUUCCAAAUACUUCAGAGAAGUAUUGAUUUACCUAUGGAAAAAGUAAAGGUUUUAACCCUAGCAGCGUGCGCCUUACACAACUUCAUUGGAACACGGGAUGGUUUUGAAAGUGCUUUACUGGACUCUGAGGAUACAGAUGCAAUAAGUUUAACUGAUGGAUCUUGGAGAAAUGAAGUAUUUUUAACCAGCUUGCAAAGAUCACUUGAAACCCGCUCAGAGACGGAGGGAAGAAUAGUGCGGGAAACUUACACACAGUAUUUUAAUACAAUUGGUUAUGUUCCAUGGCAAUUUAAUGCAAUAAAAAACUUUAAUUUUUAAA